UUAACAUCAUAUGUCAAAUCAGAAUUUUAGGUUGGGUUAGAAUUGUCAUUUGCAAAUAAAAAUGGAAUUGAGAGAUAUAAACUAUAAUAAAAGCGAUUUUGUGGAAACCGCCUCUGGCAAUAAAGUGUGUCGACAAACUGUUCUAUGUGGCUCACAAAAUAUUGUUUUGCAAGGUAAAGUUAUCGUUCAAAGCGAGGCAAUUAUUAGAGGGGACCUUGCAAAUGUUAAAACAGGCAGAUAUUGUAUAAUAAGUAGGGAAGCAGUUUUAAGACCACCUUACAAAAAAUUUAGCAAAGGGGUUGCAUUUUUUCCUCUCAGCAUGGGGGAUAAUGUAUUUGUUGGUGAGAGAUCUGUAGUUAAUGCAUCUCAAGUUGGAUCUUAUGUUUACAUAGGAAAAAAUUGUGUUAUUGGUCGUAGAUGUGUUUUAAAAGAUUGUUGUUUUAUUGAAGACAAUACAAUUUUGGCACCUGAAACUGUAGUGCCUCCUUUCACAAGAGUCAGUGGCUCACCUGGUGUUGCUGUAGGUGAUUUACCAGAAUGUCAAGCUGAUCUAAUGGUAGAUUUUACAAGAGGGUACUAUCAGCAUUUCCAACCUAAUAAGCUAAUUUAAUAUCCAAUCUGCUUUUUAUUUAUAGCUUUAACAAAUUUUAUAAAUAUAAAUUAUUAAACUGUA